AUGAAGAAUGCACAGACAGUGCAGCCAUCAGAGGUCGAAACUGCAGCUGCUAGUUACGACGCUAUUCGGGUGCGUGCUGCUAGACUGCAAUGUAGGACCCUGCUGAUCAAGUCACAGUUUGUCAAUGAAGACCCUGAACAGGAGAGUCACGACUCUGGCGAGGUCAAAGGUGGGAUAUCCCCACGGAGCGAAGAGUCCCCAGAGCUAUAUCAUGAACCUACAAGCCCAACCACACGUAGGUCAACGCAAAGAGCCGAUGUCGAGUUGCCACUUUGGUCGUCCGAUGAACCUUCUGUGACCCCUAUCUCACAGCCUAAUACAAUACUGUUCAGCGAUAAUGACGAGUCGGCAGUCGCUGGGUUAUUGGCACUGGGAACAAGUACCAGUGAUGUGCUGGGCCCGGACUUGAGGUUAUCGGACUUUGGUGUCUCAUCGAUGCCAACACAAGUGCCAAUGGGCCAGGUGAUGACUCCGUCAAAGUUUCCGGGCUCUGCAACGGCCUUUUCUCCAGCCCAGAUAUCUCAAUUGUCACACCAGAGCCAUGAAUUAUCACCAAUCGAGACCCUCGAACUACUUCGCCACUUUCGCUACGAAGUUGCCCCGUGGUUGGACAUUUGUGACCUUGGCCAGCUCUUUGGAAUCCAGGGGUUGCAAUUGGCAAUGAUAUCGCGGCCAAUCUGGGCAUCUGUCCUAGCUCUGUCGGAGGCCUCGAUAAAGCUGCAACGUCCUGAGCUAUCAAGUACGGGAAUCGACAAGGCGGUUGGGGCCCCGUCUAUUUCAGAUAUCAACUUGGACGUUACAAACCUCAUUUUCUUGCGUGCUUUAAACGAAGCGAAGAAUUGUACCACGGAUAUAUUUCGUGCAUGGUCGCCGAAGAGGAUUUAUGGCAAGGAGCUGAUGGAAACAAUCGCUCCACAUGCAAUUGGCCGUGACUUGACUUCUGCGAUUUAUUGGCUGCUUGUAAGACUCGAUCUCGCAGCCGCGUUGGCUACUGAUACCAAAAUUCAAGUUCCGCUUCCUCCUUCUUUCCCCUAUCACGCGGGUGAAGAUAUUAAGGCUGAUCCAUUUGCAAACGUGUUUUGCUUCGCCCAUCGCCCUCUCUGGCUUUGCGCAAGAGCAGUAGAAUUUGUGCAUAGUAUAGACCCAUCCCCGCAAUCCCCUCUACUUCAAACCUGGAUGCAACUGAUGGAGGAAUUGGAGCUAUGGCACCAGGAGCGCCCCCAAGGGUUCCAACCCAUGAUGGAGCUUGAGAUUGAGGACCAGACAGCUGAUUCGCGGCAGAGCUUUCCUCUGGUGCUCUAUGCAAGUGGAGGAGGGGUGUUCGCCAACCAACUUUACCACACGGCCAUGCUGCUUUUGAUUCACAACAAGCCACGCACAGCACGGAUCAAUGGUUUGACCUCGGUGACAAUGUCGCCAUUGUGGCAUGCGCAGCGCAUCUGCAGCAUUGCCCUUAAUAACGACCGGCGCGAAUGCUGGGAUCCAUGUCUCUUGGCUUCGUUUCUGAUGGCGUCCCGCCGCAUGACGCACGAGUCACAGCAGCAAGAGAUUAUUCGUGGGUUCGAGCGCAUCCAGAAGGUCACUGGGUGGGAUGCUGGGAGGUUGUCGGAAGACCUACGAGCGGAAUGGAGCCUUCUUGAAAUGUAG